GCGACGGUCGGCUGUGAUUUUGACAGAAGUUUUAGCGACUGCCGAAUUGUAGUUUUGUCCGUCUCCUUAGUCUUGUGAAAAAUCACAGUGAGACAGUUCUGUUUUCCCGGGGCCACGUUUGUUUGGAGCGUUUAAAUGUUCCUGGCGUGAGAAGCGAACCUUUCGGUACCUAGUAUACAACAACAAAUGGAUUCUCCUGCGAGGACAGGUGCAGACUCGCCAGGCCUGGAGCAGGUGGUUCAGAAGCUGCAAGAGUCUCUGGAAGUCAGCCCACUGCUUGAUACUACACAUCUAGUUGAUGAGCCUUCUGAUGUAAGGACGGUGGAUAAGAAUGUGCUAUCAAGGGAUCGUCAGCGUCAGACUCCAGGUUCUCUCCAACGCCAAAUCUCCCAGCCUUCCCCAAAGACACCAGUCAAACAAACAACCCUCAGUGAAAAGCUGGAUGAAAUGCUGAUGGUCCAGCCAGUAUCCGACUCGGACCCGGACAGUGUUUCGCUCAGACUCCUGCAGGCGCAGAGCCAGGAGAGGAUCAUGAGACAAAGACUCCAAGUUUACCAAGACGCCCAGCAAAGACAAGCUCAAAUUGUUCAAAAGCUACAGACUAAGCUUCUGCAGUACAAGCAGAGGUGUGAAGCACUAGAAGGGCAGGUUUUGGUGAAGUCCUCUGAGUAUGAGAAGAUGAGAUUGAUGCUGCAGGUCUCCCAGGAUGAGACCCAGUGUCAGAAGCAAACUCCGGCCAUCAAUGACAAGUCCGCUCAGCUAGAGGAGGAGCAGAAAAGAUGUGCCAGCCUCAGCCAAGUCAACUCUUUGCUUCGUGAGCAGCUGGACCAGGCCAAUGCAGUCAACAAGGGGCUAAUGGAGAGCCUGUGGACGGCCCAAGAAGAAAUCAACUUGUGUGACAAACAUUUGAGCAGAGAACAGGAGGCACACUCGUCGCGGUUAAGCCGUGAACAGGCUCAUGUCAGAGCACUGUGGCGCCAGGCCACCUCCCUCCGGACUGCUUUCAACCAGUUAAGGACUUUCACUGACAGAACCUUGUCGAGCAUGCAGGGAGAAUGUGCGACAGGCAUGCAGCAGAUUCUUUUAGCGUUCAUGGAUGUUAACUCCCGAGCCAGCGUGGACGGGACCUCGAGUGGUGUCGAAGUAUCUGCCCUGGAGCGACAGCUAAGGGAAAAGCUCAAAGAGGCCAUGCAGCUUCAAGGACGCUGGGAUGCAGAAAAAGUGGAACUUAACUCCAGAAUCAUUGAGCUUACAGAGACGGUGAAGACCCUUCGGAGCCGGAGCAGUGAGAAGGACAACACCAUCGACACCAUGAGGAUCAGUCUGGACAAGCUGGAGACACAGGGAGCAGAUGAUAAAGCAGAGAUGGAGUUCCUCUGCACGGAGAUUGAAACAUUUCAGGAAACAUUAUCCCACAUCUGCAAGCUGGUUUGCAACGAAAUUGACAACAGAGAUUUGGAGAGCGAGUCAACCUCACCGUCCACAGUCCACCCUCCAUCUUCUCUGAGGAAAACAACCCUCAAAGCCGUGCAGACCGCUCUCUCCAGCCACCAGAGACAAAAUCAGGAGCUGCAGGAAUGCCUGAAUGCUGCACUUGAAGAAGCAAAUACGCUGCAAAAUCGUUUGCUGGAGAAGAACAGCCAGACAAAAGAAUUGGAGCAGAGGAUCCAGGAAUUAACCACAGAAUAUCAAGAGGCCAAAAAGGCUCUGCAGGAAAACCUCAGAGACAGAGAGAGUUGUCACUGCUCACUGGAGCUUAUCUCCAGUCCACAGGCAACUGAAGCGGACGUCUCUUCGAUGCUGCAGGAGUUGGACUCCCAGCGAGCAGAUCUGGAGGCACUGCGGGCCUCAUCUUUGGUGCUUCAGAGACAGCGGGACCUCCUAAAUGAACAGAGAGAAGAUCUGGAAAUGCAGCUGGCACGUCAGCGCACGGAGGCCCAAAGAGGCACAAGGAGUAAGGAGGAGAUUGAAGGGAGGCAUUCUGAUCUACACAGAGAGCUUGUGACUGUGAGGGAAGCUCUAAAUCAGGUCACUCUACAGAAGGACGUGCUGGAAGACGAGAAGACCAGCCUGGUUCAGGCCCUCAGCAAGAUGGAGGCUGAAAAUGCUUCGCAGGAAAUUAUCAACUCAAAACUGCUGACUCAGGAGGCAACACUAAGAGACUCAAUAGCCAAAAUGGCUGCCCAAAGUGAAGGAUUGGCUAGUGACAAAGUGGAACUCAAUCGCCUUCUCCUGCAGUCAGAAGGCGAAAAGGUGCAGCUCGAUUGUCGGAGGAGAGAGGCUGAGGCGCAGCGGGCAGCAGCCAGAGAAGAGACCAUGAGAGUGCAAGCGGACUUGAUGGACCUGAUGGCUGAGAAAAGAAAUCUGGAGAACUCCAUUUGUCUCUUGCAGGUUCAGUCAUGUAAGCAAGAAGCUGAGAUGGUCGUGCUGCAGGAGGAGAAGGCUCAAAUCCUGGAGCAGAACCUUCAGGUCAGCAGAGAGCUUGAUACUGUAUCAGGGAAGUUCUGUGAAACCCAGAAAGUGCUUGAGAACCAGACAACCGCUUUAGAGACGGUGACCAGUGAUCGGGAGCAACUGGCUAGAGAAAAGGCAGCUGUGGAUGUCAAACUCUGCUCUGCUGAGCGGAAGGCCUGUGGUCUCACUCAUGAGCUGGCUGUCCUGAGAAGAGAGAAUCAAUCCCUAGAGAAGGCUCUGUUCGAAAGCCAGGAGCUUUCUUCGUCUCUGGAGGCUGAGCGCACCAGGAUUGAGAGGGAAAGGCACAAUUUGUGUCUGGCUAACGAGGGCUUGACGCGUGAUGCUUCUCAAGCACGAGAGGAUGCUGAGUGCCAGCUGGCAAAAGCAGAGGAAGAGCGAAGCAAAUUGGAAGAGAAGCUGGUCCAAGUUGAGAGGGAAGCGCUCUUGACCCACAACAAAAGGGAUGAACUUCACCAGAAACAGCUAGAGACUGAGCGCAGGUUAAUGGAGCAGCAGUGUGCGGAGCGGGCUCUUCAGUGGGAGAAGGCGAAGGUGCAGCUGCACACACAGUAUGAGGAGCACCAGUUUCACAGCCAGAAGGAGCUGCAGCGGAUGCAGGAAGAAAUCGUCACUAUGCAGCAGGAUUGCAACCAGAAACUUCUGCAGGCUGAGAGAGUGAAGCAACAGGAGCUGACCCAGAUGGAAACAGAAAAGGCUGCCAUUGUACAGAAACUUGUAGGCCUCCAGAAAGACCUGACAGCUUCAAGCAUGGCGCUGGAGCGCAUACAGAGAGAGGGUCUCAGCAGACAAGAGCAACAAAAGAAUGAAGUAGCUCGUCUUCAGUCGGAGCUGAAAGCCAUACAGACUCGUUUUGAAGAGUCCCUGAACUCUCGUGAGUGUGCGGAGAAGAGUUUUUCUCAGCAGGUCAGGGAGGUGACCCAACAGAACCAGCAGGCCGGGAAAGAGUUAGUGGAUCUUCGCCGACAGCAGCAGGAGACAGAGGCCAAACAUGUUAAAGCUCAGAAGGAUCUAAUUGAAGCACAAAGAGAACUCCGGCUCUGUAAAGAGGACUAUGAUGAGCAGAGAGGAGAAGCACUGAAUCUCAAAAGACUUUUAAGUGAUGAGACCAAGGAAAAAGAGACGCUCCAGGAAUCCAACCAGGAGCUGAGAAGUUUCAUCAGGAGAACAGAGGAAGAAAACAACAGAUUGAGACGUGCUGUGGAGGAGAAGGAGCAGAAAGUGUUCGUUUUGGAAGAAAAUCAAAGCUUGAUUCAACAGGAGGCCUCAACCUUGCGCAGCAGCAUGAGGGAGCUGGAGAAGUCUCAUCUGCAGGCACAUCGUGAGCUGCAGGCGCUGCGGAGACAGGUGAAGGCUCUCGAUGGUGAGAACACGCUGCAGAGGCAAGAGGUGAAAGAACUGCAGGCCCAAGUAUGUGAGGAGGAACAGAAGGAGGUGGAGGCACGUGGGGAGGUUUUCUUGGUGAAGCAAAGUUUGCUGGAGUGUGAAGCUGGUAGAGAGGCGGCACUGAACGAGAUUGCAAGUCUGCAGCGUCGAAUUGUGGAACUAGAAACCAUGACAUCUCAGAGCCAAGAGAUGAUCCAAGAUCAAGAGCUUCAACAGAAACACUGUGAACGAAACUAUAGAGAUACCAUCUCAGAACUGGAGGGAGUUUUGGAAGAGGUCACAGGUCAGAUGAGUGGCCUUGCCGCUCAGUCCAACCUCGCAGAAGCUAAAGUCCUGGACUUGGAACGUCAGCUUGCACAGUGUAAUGGCAGACAUCAAAACCUGGAACAGAAACUGAUGGGUUUAUACUCAGUUCUGCAGAAAACACUCAGCAUUGACCAUAUAGAGAUUUCAUACAAAAACGAGUGUCGUAAACACUCGCCUACUUCCUGGAGAAACCAUCUGCAAGCGAAAGGGCUGGAUGUGGACUUGAUCUCAGCAGCACUCCAGGAUCUCCAGCAACAACUGAAGGAAGCACAUAGAGACAGGGAUCAAGGUGAGGCCAGACUUGCACAUUUGAGUCAACAGCUGAAGGACGUCCUCAAUAAACAUGAACAUUUGUCUGCUGAGUUAAUACAAAUGCAGAAAACUUUGAAUCAAUCAAAGAAAGAAAACCAGGAGGCAGCUAUGCAGCUACAAGAAGCCCACAUGUCAAUCUCUCAACUGAAAGAGGAAGUAAUAAGUGUUGAGCGAGACAAGAAUGGAGAGUUGUCUUAUAUUAGGGUUCGACUGCAAGCAGCUGAAACUGAGUCUCAGACACUUAAGGACAAGCUAAAAGUUGCUCAGGAUUCUGAAUCAUUGGCGAAUGCAGAUAAAAGAAAGCUCAGGGCCUCUCUGGAGGAUGCCAAAAAAAGAGUCAGUCACCUGGAGCUCAGUCAGCGCACCCUUGAGGGCGAGUCUGAGCGUGCCAGGCUGAGAGCUGCAGAGCUGGUCACUGAGGCAAGUGCGCUGCAAGAGAGGCUGGUGGACAUGAGGAGGAAGCUGAGCGUGUGUGAGGAUCAGUGUGCUACACUCAGAGUCAGUGAGGAGAGGCUGACUUUGUCACUGGCACGGUCUGAACAGCAGGAGUUUCAGCUCAGAGAGCAGGUGCACAAGCUCUCGAGCAUUCUUGACAACAACAGGACAAAUACAAGAGCACUCCAAGAGCAAGUGUCACAACUUGAAAUGGCUUUAACUUUGAGCCAGCAGGACCGUAAACUGAUGCAGGAUCGCCUUGAUAAAAUGAGAGAAGCCCUUGCCGAGAGAAAACAAUUGAAUUACACUCUAACUGAUCGGAACCAUUGCCUACAAAGAGCCCUUGAGGACUCAGAGUACAAGAAAUGUGAGGUAAAUGGGACACUGAGAGAGGGUGAAAGGCAAAACCACAGCCCUGAAGUUCAGGCGGAGGUGAGAAUUCAGCAGCUUCGGUUGGCGAAAAAACAGAUGCAAAAAAAGGUUGUGGGUCUCCAAGAUGCAGUAGAAAAACUACAGUGCGAGAAAGCAGAGAUGGAGAAGGUGGUAACACAACUUGGUAAAGACAAGUCUUCAAUGAGGAAGAAAAGAGAAAAGGUGGAGAAACUGAAAAGGGAGGAAGCAAAGAUGGGUAGUGCUGUUGGCCUGCAGGAGGCGCUAGCACAAACACAAGCUGAGGUUGAGUCCUGGCAGGUAUGAGAGAUCUUUAUGAUGGGAA